UAUUAAUGGCUCUGUUCAAAAUUAUCAUCUCUAUUAAUAUAAAUGAUGAGGGAAAUAUGCGGAAAUGUGAGCUGGCUGAUUAAUCAUCAAAUCACUAUAGCACACCCCAACCCUGAUUCUCAUACAUGAGUUGUUUAAUUAUCAUGCCUCAGUUAUUGUGUUUUAUCAUAAUCUCAAGAGUUGGCCCACCAUGAACUAAUAUACAAAAUACUUCAACACAAAAGUGCAAUAAGCUUUGCUAGUGUAUAUUCUAAGAAAAUUGUGGAUAGUAUGAUACUUUAAAACUGUCCUAAAGUCUGUAUUGCUAUUAGGCAGCAUAAGAUCAGAUGGAUAGUUGGCACUGGAAUGCUUUUGGACAGUGGUUCAAAGCCUACUUAGUUGGUGGAUGUGUAAGGGAUUUAAUACUUAACAGAAUACCAAAAGAUUUUGAUGUGAUUACAACAGCACGGCUUAAUGAGAUAAAGAAGCAGUUUUAUCGUGCUGAAAUUGUUGGCCGGCGAUUUCCUAUAUGCAGGGUGCAUAUAAGAGGUUCCGUAGUUGAGGUAUCCAGUUUUGACACUGUGGCAAAUAAAGGUGAUGAAACUAAAAGAAAGAAUUCUUUUGUUCCUAGAAUGCCAAAGGGAUGUAAUGAGAGUGAUGUCAUUCGCUGGAGGAAUUCCUUGCACAGAGACUUCACUAUAAACAGCUUGUUUUAUGAUCCCUUUGUCUAUCAAAUCUAUGAUUAUGCAAAUGCUAUGGCAGAUAUAAAGUCCCAGAAGCUACGAACAUUAAUACCUGCUCAGCUGUCAUUUGAAGAGGAUUGUGCAAGAAUAUUGCGGGGCUUGAGACUUGCAGCUCGUCUUAAAUUUUCGUUUUCAAUGGAAACUGAGACUGCUAUAUGGAAACUGUCACCGUCCGUCAUGAGUCUAGACAAGUCCAGAUUAAUGAUGGAAGUCAAUUACAUGCUUUCCUAUGGGGCUGCUGUGCCCUCUCUUUGCUUGCUUCAGAAGUAUAACUUACUUGAGGUUCUGCUACCGUUUCAUGCAGCAUACCUUACUCAACAGGCCGACAAACAAUCCAGUGAUACUUCUAUGCUGAUGAAACUAUUUUCCAGUUUAGAUCAAUUGGUAUCUUGUGAGAGACCUGCUCGUGAGAGCUUGUGGGUUGCACUUCUGGCAUUUCAUCUAACAUUAGUCAAUAACCCCCAGCCCAAGCUCGUGGUCUUGACUUUAGCCUCUGUGAUGUAUCAUAGAAAUUGGAAACAAGGUGUUGAGUUUGCAAGACAACAUGUUAAAGCAGCAAGUUUAUAUGUACCUGAAAUUUCAGAUUCUGAUGGCUCCAUGUCAGAAGAUGAACUUGCUAAAAGAGUUGAGAAUAUGGCAGUACAAGUGAAUAUGUUGACUGAUGCAGACAACCUCCGGGAAGUGACAUCCAAGUUCUCAGGUUCUUCACACUCUGGUUUGGUCUUUGUAUCCAAUAAAAUGGUAAAGAAGAUUGUUGUUGAGGAGGUUUUUGGUAUCUUGACAAAUGAUGUUACAUCUCUGAAUGAAAAAAGUUGUAGCUUAAAGAUACAGAAUCCAUCACCUCAAAAAGGAACCGCCCACAAAAAAGGAAAUGGAAUCGCCCAUGAGACAAGGUUUCUCCUAAGCAAAAUAAUCUUGGAUACUUUGGGUUUAGGGGGGGUCAUCUUGGAAGAAGGUGAGAGCAAAAAGAGGAACAGUGAGUACGAUGAAAUUGAUGGCCUGCAGGAGGUGAAGGAAAAUUCCCAUUCACAAAUGGAGAUGAAGCAAGAAGACUAUAACCUGUGUAACAUCUCACCGAUGGGAGGUGAAUUCGAACCAGCUAGAGCAAAGAAGCGGAAGUCUACUCACACUAGCAGCAGUCUUUCAGAGGAAGGAGCAGUGACUAAGCAUAAGAAAUCUGCAGAUGAGCAGACUGCUUUCGACCAUUCAAAGUGUUUGCAAAAGGUGCACGAAAGUGCUACUAAGCAUAAGAAAUCUGUAGAUGAGUCUGAAUUUACACAGCGAGAAAGCAGUGAGGAAUUGGUAAAAAGAAAGCUGAAUUCGCACCCCAAAAGUUUGGGAGCCGAUGAUAUGGUUGAACAUAAGAAGAGCAAGAAGACCCUCUUCGAUCUUUUCAAGUGAGUUUAACUUUAGUUAUGAUAAGCUCAUUUUUGCCUCAUAGGUCAUUUGCAAUUAUUUGCAGUGUAGGCACAUUUCAAUGUUGGUUUUUGACAUAUUUGAAGAAUGAGGAUUGAACUUGAAAUUUCUUUUUAGUU